AUUGUGAGGACUGUUUACCACCACAUCUUCUACGCAUCUACUACUCUCCAAAUCCCGAAGCUACUGGCUGUCCUUGCUCUUCUUUUUACCAGAUCUCACCAUGUCUAUGACAAGGAGACUGGCGCAGUUUGAACAGGGCAGGGAGCUGCCGGGGAAGCCUAUGGCCAAGGGCAUUGAGCCGUCGAAGAAGGAGGAGGUCGUGCCUUGGCUGUGGGAUUUCGCUUAUCUCUACAAACCAGGUGGACUCAACAAUCUGGACGAUGGAAAGUCCAAGGAUAGCGAGGUCAAUGUUCAAAAGCAGAAAGCGGCCGAGGCCCAGAAGCCGGCCCCAGAUUAUUCGAUCAAGUCCUGGAAGGCAGGUAUCUCCUGCAGUGUCUGGUCAGUACCGGACAUCUCGAUGCAUCCCAUCUUCAGAAAUGUGCCUUCAUGUGAAACUUUAUACGAGAGAGCAAACGAGACACGAGGCCAAAUCACAGUGCGUGUGAUCAACACCGUCUCGAGGCCGGCUCCAAAUAUGCAGCCUCGUGCUGUCUCUUCUAGCACCACUGAGUGGCUCCCAUAUUCAGUGAGGGGCUCGCAGUAUGGUGGAGAACAGCGCAAGCCCUCCAAACGGAAUUUCAUUUCUCGACUCUUCACACGGGUGAAGGAAAAGACGGAGUCAUUAUAUCACAAUUAUGCCUCUACUAGACGGAUCCGCAAGCAACACAAGGACUACCAUGACCGGGACGUCGAGGCGGCAGGGGAGCUGCUUGGGGAGAGCUUCGAGGAGGAUGUGCCAGACAUCCAGCCACAACCCGAGCGCCUCGAGGAAUCCUUUCAUUCUGCCCAGAGACAAACGUCCCAAGGGUACAGUCGAUUGGCUCCCCAGAGCUUCCCAACGCCAGACCUGUCGUCGCCCGAGACUGUGCCUCCGCCAUAUCAUUCAGCAUGCGAGAUCCCGCCACCACCACAGUACUCUCCCUCCAGCACGGCUCUACCUCUCCAGGAACCCUCACCAAAGCCUACUAUUACCAAUUUGGUAUCGAAAGUAUGGUCCUGGAUCUGGGGGCGUCGUGCAUCUUGAAGUCGCCUUGGAGCACAAUACUCCCCUCCGAACUAAUUCACCUCUUGUUUACGAAACUCAUGACCUAUUCACUACAAAUCUACGUAUAUAUGUGUCGAUCAACCUGUAAUACA